AUGGAGGAUAUUUAAUUGAUCAUAAGAAGAAUAAAGCGUUCAGGGGAGCCUCGUCUGAAUCUUUCAGGAAAGUCCUUGAUCAGUAUACCACCUGAAAUCUAUUAACUGAAGUUAACUCAUUUGGAUCUAAGUUUUAAUAAGAUCACAUCAAUUGAAUCGAAAAUAGCAGGAUUAACGAAUUUGGAAGAGAUUGAUUUAAGCAACAAUUGUAUUGAGGAAGUGCCAGAAGAAUUAUUGAGCAUGUCUAGUUUAUAAAGUGUGAAUCUAAGCAAUAAUCCUUUAUUACCGAAAUUCUAAGCAUUGUAAGGUCAUUUCCAUCAGCCUUAAUUAAAUUAAAUUCUACAGAAGGUGUUUCAAAUAAGUCCAGGAUCAAAUCAAUAGCCAAAGCAAGAGAAAUAGCCAAUAAUUGAAAGACCGAAAACGCAAAAUCGAGCUGUGAGAUAAAUAUCCGAAUUACAACAUACUAAUCAUGUACUAGAGAUAGAUUCAAAUGAAUUUGAAGUUCACGAAAUCAUUUCAUAGGGAGGCUUUUCGAUUGUGCAUAGAGGGUAUUUGAGAGGUACAGAAAUUGCAAUUAAGAAAAUAUUUAACCCUAACAUUACAUAAUAAUUAUUGGAUGAAAUCAAUAAUGAAAUAGAAAUGUUAUCAUUACUAAGACAUCCCAAUAUUGUAUUGUUAAUGGCCUGUUGUACAAAACCACCAAAUUUAGUUAUUGCCAUAGAGUAUGUUUAAGGUGGAAGUUUAUAUCAUCUAUUGCAUAAAACUAAUCAUCAAAUAAAUGAGCAAUUCAAAUAUUCUAUUGCAAUUCAAGUAGCAAGAGUGCUUCAAUACAUGCAUUAAGCAGGAGUAGUGCAUAGAGAUAUAAAAUCUCAUAAUGUACUUCUGCAGGGUCAGACAGUAAAAUUAUGUGAUUUUGGUUUGACCAAGAGAAGUUCUGAGUUGAAUUAAGGAUAUUAGUAAUUUAGUGGUACUCCUACAUACAUGGCACCUGAACUUUUUGCUAAAAGGGCUUACGAUAAGAGUGUUGAUCUAUUUGCUUACGGUACUUUGUUGUGGGAGAUCUUUGCAAGAGAGAUUCCUUGGGAUUGUUUGGAGAUGCAAGAGAUUGUUCAGAAGGCAAUGAAGAAUGAAUAACUGCCAGCUAGAAAUGUUCCAAAGAAUAUUCUGCAAUUGGUGAAUGAUUUGAGAAGCAAGGAUGAGACAAAGAGGCCAUCGAUGGAUAUAGUAGUUAAAUAGUUAAUGAAUAGAUGAUUUAUAUAAAAAUAAGAUAAAAUGAUAAGGUUUA